UAUAUCCAUAUAUAUUCAUCUAGAUCCUUCUAAUUAUUCUCAUAUCAUAACUAACCCGUUCCGCACACAAUUUCAUAUAAUCAAUUCUCCUAAUUAGCUUCUGUGUGAGAGAGAGAGAGAUCAUGGUGAGAAGAGAGUGCCAUCCAUUGUUGAAGGGAGAGAGAGGAGAGAGAAAAUACAGACAUGGGUUUUUUGGGUAUGAGAUGGAAUCACUUGCAAGCAUAUGUGAGGUUGUGAUUCCUCCUUUGCCGCCAUUGAAGGAUGAAGAGGAUGAGCUUAAUAACAAGGAUGUGACCAAGUCCUUCUCCAACAUUUCCGCUUCUCAACAUCCAUACCCUCAUGAGGUUGCAGAAAUAUUAGUGAAGAGGGGGUUAAUAGAAGCAGUAAUAUUGAUUAGAGUGAUUUUGUGGGUAUUAGCAACAAGGUUGGGGACCUUGUUGCUUUGUGGGUCGCUCAGCUUUGGUGGCAAAUGGCCCUUUAUCAAUAACUUCUCAAACAUGGGUUUGGAGAAAAGAGAAAAGGUGGUUCAGAAAUGGCUGAAGCAUAGGUUCCUUACACCUAUAAGACUUGCAUUUGCUUACAUCAAAGUCUUGUGCGUCUAUUGUUUCUUCUCUUCGGUUGAUGAGAAGGGAGACAAUCCAGCAUGGAAAGCCAUUGGGUAUGAAGUAGCUGCUGAUGAAAAACAGAAGAAUGUCUCCAACAAUAAGAGGCCUCUUCAGAAAGGGAUCAUAGAAACAAUGCAAGAACAAUCUGACUCAACUCUUCAACAAUCCCUUGCCAAGAAAGGCCUCAACGUUACAAUGGACACCAAAACCAACACCCUCAAACUCAAAUGCGAUGCAGUGGUUGUUGGCUCCGGUUGCGGCGGAGGCGUGGCCGCUUCAGUUCUCUCGAGUGCCGGCCACAAGGUGGUUGUUCUUGAGAAAGGAAACUAUUUCGCUUCCCAAGACUAUUCGUCUCUCGAAGGCCCUUCCAUGGAUCAAUUGUAUGAAACUGGAGGGAUCCUUGCUUCAGUGGACUCUAGAAUUCUGGUUCUCGCAGGAUCUACUGUUGGUGGCGGUUCUGCUGUUAACUGGUCGGCGUGCAUCAAAACGCCGCAAAAUGUGAUGAAGGAGUGGUCCGAGGAACACAAGCUUCCCCUCUUUUCGAGUUUAGAGUAUCAAUCUGCAAUGGAAACCGUGUGUGAAAGGAUUGGUGUCACAGAAUUUUGUAAACAAGAAGGUUUCCAAAACCAAGUGCUGAGAAAAGGGUGUCAGAAUCUUGGACUCAAGGUUGAUUACGUUCCAAGAAACUCGUCCGGGAAUCACUAUUGCGGUUCGUGCGGUUAUGGUUGUCCGAAAGGAGAGAAGAAAGGGACCCAAGAAACAUGGCUUGUGGAUGCUGUUGAGAGUGGCGCGGUGAUCAUUACAGGGUGCAAAGCUGAGAAAUUCUUGCUUCAAACAAACACUAACGGACGAAGAAGUGAAAGAAAGAACAAGUGUUUUGGAGUUUUGGCCAAGGCUUUAAGCAGUAGAAUCACAAUGAAGCUCCAAAUUGAAGCCAAGGUAACAGUUUCUGCGGGUGGAGCACUUCUUACACCGCCAUUGAUGAUUUCGAGUGGCUUAAGGAACAAGAACAUUGGUAGGAACCUUCAUCUUCACCCUGUUCUAAUGACUUGGGGAUACUUCCCUGAUUCGAAUUCGGAGUUGGAGGGUAAAGUCUUUGAAGGAGGAAUAAUCACAUCGGUCCAUAAGGUUCCUCCAAGAGACUCUGAAUCAUCAGAUACACGAGCUAUCAUCGAAACGCCUCUGCUUGGACCGGCUUCUUUCGCUUCACUGUGUCCAUGGGAAUCAGGACGAGACUUCAAAGAGAGAAUGCUUAAGUACCCGAGAACUUCGCAUUUAAUCACAAUCAUUAGAGACACGGCUUGUGGGGUGGUUACUUCAGAAGGAAGGAUCAGUUAUAAACUAUCCGAAAUGGAUAAAGAGAACAUGAGGAUUGGGCUUCAGCAAGCUCUGAGGAUUCUGAUAGCCGCGGGGGCUGUGGAAGUAGGAACACACAGAAGUGAUGGGCAGAGAAUAAAAUGUGGCGACAUAGGUUAUGGUAAAAUUGAAGAGUUUCUGGACAGUGUUUGGCCCAUGGAGGGCGCGCUGUCGCCGGGCGAGAAGUGGAACAUAUACUGCUCGGCGCACCAGAUGGGGAGCUGUAGAAUGGGAGCCACUGAGAAAGAAGGGGGUGUUGAUGAGAAUGGAGAGAGUUGGGAGGCAGAAGGGUUGUUUGUUUGUGAUGCAAGUUUGCUUCCAAGUGCAGUUGGUGUCAAUCCCAUGAUCACAAUCCAAUCAACUGCUUAUUGUGUCUCAAAUAGGAUUGUUGAUUAUCUUAAGAAUCUGUGAAUUGCUUCGUUAAAGGGAUAAAAAAUAAAUAAAUAUUCACCCAAGUUUAUUUUAUGCUA